AUGAAGACAGUGUCAAAGGUGAAAGAGGCUCGGCGGCUGCUGAAAAAGCCUCAGGUGCAGAAGUUCGACGGCUCUCUUCACACUCAGAAGUUCUGGUGUUACUGCUGCGGACUCGAAGUGGAGAAACACGUGACGGACGGAAACAUGAUGGUGCUCUUUGCUGGACUCAUCGAGCACAUGGCAACGCCGGAGCACAGGAAGAACACUCACACGUUCUGGUGGCAGAACAAAGCAGAACAGAAGAUCAAAGACAAGUUCCUUUUCUCCAAAGAGGAAGUCGACAGGUAA